UUUGUAAAACCCCACUUCAUCAGAAUGAAAAAUUCGAAGUUUGUAUGAUUGAUUGUUGAACGAAAGAAAACAAUGUUUAGUGUAAGGAAUCUUCAUAGACAUUGCUCUUUCAACCUCAAACCCUUUUCUUCUCUCUUUCAACUUCAACCCAAUCUCUUCAGAAAUGUUAUACCUUUAGGACAAGGAAUAGAGAAAAGAAACAUUGAUGAUAAAGUUGAAGCAUACCAUAAAGUUAGUCUGUAUUAUUAUGUUAAACCGUUGAAUCUUUUGAAUGGAUCGACGUGUCGAGCAAUGUCAACGACGAGAGGAAGGAGUAUGCGAAGCAAGGUGGAAAGGAGAAUGCAGAAAGAGUCUGGUAAGACAUUAAGGGAGAUUCGCCGAGCUAAAAAGUUGAAGAAGAAACUUAUGACCGAGGAGGAGAGGCUCGUUUACAAUCUCAAAAGAGCCAAGAAGAAAGUAGCAUUGCUACUACAAAAACUCAAGAAAUAUGAGCUGCCAGAGCUGCCUCCUCCACGGCAUGACCCGGAGCUCUUAACACCUGAACAACUUCAGGCAUAUAAAAAAGUUGGAUUCAAGAAUAAGAAUUAUGUUCCGGUUGGUGUUCGUGGAGUCUUUGGAGGAGUUGUACAAAAUAUGCAUCUUCAUUGGAAGUUUCAUGAGACUGUGCAAGUUUGUUGCGACAACUUCCCCAAGGAAAGAAUAAAAGAAAUGGCUUCAAUGCUUGCAAGAUUGAGUGGUGGCAUCGUGAUAAAUGUUCAUAAUGUGAAAACAAUCAUCAUGUUCCGUGGUAGAAACUAUCGCCAACCCAAGAACUUGAUACCUAUUAACACCCUCACAAAGAGGAAGGCUCUAUUCAAGGCUAGAUUUGAGCAAGCUCUUGAAUCUCAGAAGUUAAACAUAAAGAACAUCGAACAGCAGCUCCGACGGAUGGGAGUGAAUCCUGAGGAUCCAAGUGCAAUGGCCAGCAUCCAAAGAGUGGCUUCCACGUUCUUCAAUGCCAUUGACAAGAAAGAGGGAAGCCCUUAUGUCUUCCGUGGAGACAAGCAGUCGGUAAUAGAACCUACUGGAGGUUUGGAUUUGGAAGAGUCGGAUCCUUCUGCUGAUAGUGAUCAGGAAGAGCUAGAUCGAUUCAUCGCUGAGAUAGAGGAUGCUGCAGAUAAAGAAUACGAAGAAGAAGAGGCCAAAGAAAAAGAAGAGUUUGGAAGACUUAGAUAUUGGAACAGAGAAGAGUUUGGUGGAAGAUUCAGAAGAUCAGAUGCUUCUAGAAAUGAUGACUAUGAUGGUGGUGAGGUUAGAGGCUCAAGAGCUCGUCAGACAAUACAUCCCAAGCAUCGAACUAUCGAUAGUGACGAUGAAGAGAAUGCUCAUUUUGACAACGAUGAUGAUGAUGAUCAUGGUGAGUGGCGUUCCAGUAAUAUUGCUGAUGAUAGUGAUAUUGACAGCAAUUCUGAUGGCUCUGAUGAAGGUAGAGGCAGGUUCAAGGAAAAUAGGGGGAGAAGAGAGAGGAUAAAUAAUACCGGUAUUGGCAAGGCUCAUGUUAACGGUGGUCCAAGCAGACACGGUGAAGCUAAAUUCAGGAGGAAUAUGGCCGUACAAGAUUCUGAAUCAGAAGGUAUGCUUAGUGAAGUUGAGAAUGCAAUGUGGGAGUCUGAUGAAGAGGAGAAUGGUUCGGUACAUUUGAGACGGGCCAGUAGUGAUAACUACAAGAGCAGCAGCAGCAGCGAUGAUGAGUAUGAUUAUCAAUUAAAGAGAAACAAAAAGAAUGGUGCGAGGGAUCAUGAAAUCGGAGGAGGAAGAACUAAAUCUGUGAGAGGUGGGCAAGAACGAAUCGGAGGAACUAAAUCUGUGUCCGCUGAUUUGUUCAGUGGUUCGGAAGACUGGAUGUGGCAAUCAGAUGCCGAGGAGAACUCGAGAGCUGAUAAGGACUACCCCACAAGUAAAAAUAUUAAUGUGGUCAAAAGUGAUAUCCAUAAGAACAAAGCACCAAAGGAUGCAGAUGAGGCUUGGGAUAGUGAAUAGCCCAAGUAAAUAAAUGCAAGACCAUAAUUCAUGAGAGGAACGUUUUCCACCCUCAAAAGUACUUGGAAAGUACACAUCCAGAAAAAAUACAGUUUUUAUGCCGUCUGAAUGUGUACUCUCAAACAAAAACAGUUUAUUUUUGACGUUUAGAUGUGUACUUCUGGAAUCAUGUGUGGUUUUUCGGAAACACGUCGAGCGUAAAGUUACUCCCUAAUUCGUUGUAGUUUUCUAUGAUUAAAUGGUUAAAACAAAAUCAUCAAGGUAUGAAGCUUAAUAUAGCAUGUUUAUUCAGCUCAACUCCUCAAGUUGUUAUUGUCAAACUAGCCAUUAUGUACUUGACAUUAUAAAUAAAGUUUCAGGCAUUGUGCUCUGACUUUCUGCUAAAGAAAGUUUUUUUUUA